GUAGAACUUGUUGUCUGAGCUCCACGUGUAUAAAACCAGACCUGAGCACGUCUGCUUCUUGCGCAGAAUAGGCAUCGGACAGACUAGCUCACGAUGUUGCAACUUCGCUUUGUGAAAGGAGGCUUGACCUUCCUAGGUGUAAAGCGUGUCUCUGUACUGAAUGCAGCCUUCCAGAGCACCCAGCGUGUAGAAUACAAGCCCAUCAAGAAGGUUCUGGUGGCCAAUAGAGGUGAAAUUGCCACCAGAGUGUUUAGAGCAUGCACAGAACUGGGAAUAAGGACGGUGGCUGUCUAUUCCGAGCAAGACACUGGUCAGAUACAUAGACAGAAGGCAGAUGAAGCCUACAUUAUUGGGAAGGGACUGCCGCCGGUCCAGGCUUACCUUCAUAUUCCAGACAUCAUCAAGGUUGCGAAGGAGAAUGAAGUUGAUGCUGUUCACCCCGGUUAUGGCUUCCUGUCUGAACGUUCCGACUUUGCCCAGGCGUGCAUCGAUGCAGAUGUUCGUUUCAUUGGACCCAGUCCUGAGGUCGUACGCAAAAUGGGGGAUAAAGUGGAGGCUCGAACCAUAGCAAUCAGAGCAGGGGUGCCAGUUGUUCCCGGUACUGACUCUCCUAUAUCCUGCCUUACGGAAGCUAAGGAGUUCUCCAACACAUAUGGCUUCCCUAUCAUAUUCAAAGCAGCGUAUGGAGGUGGCGGCCGUGGCAUGAGAGUGGUACGGAGCUAUGAGGAGCUGGAGGAAAACUAUACCCGGGCUUACUCUGAGGCCCUGUCUGCCUUUGGCAAUGGGGCCCUGUUUGUGGAGAAGUUCAUUGAGAGGCCUCGUCACAUAGAAGUUCAGAUUCUGGGUGAUAAAUAUGGUAAUGUCAUACAUUUGUAUGAACGUGACUGCUCCAUCCAGAGGAGACAUCAGAAGGUGGUGGAGAUAGCUCCAGCUGCCCAGCUAGAUCUUCAGCUCCGGGACAGACUUACCCAUGACUCGGUCAAACUGGCAAAGCAGGUUGGCUAUGAAAAUGCUGGUACAGUAGAAUUUCUGGUGGACAAACAUGGCAAGCAUUACUUUAUAGAAGUCAACUCCAGGCUGCAAGUGGAGCACACUGUAACAGAGGAGAUAACUGAUGUUGACUUGGUUCACGCACAGAUUCACGUGGCAGAGGGCAAGAGUCUACCAGAACUUGGCCUUAAACAAGAAAACAUCAGAAUCAAUGGCUGUGCCAUCCAGUGUAGGGUCACCACUGAAGAUCCAGCUCGUGGAUUCCAACCAGACACUGGCCGGAUUGAGGUUUUCCGGAGUGGUGAAGGAAUGGGCAUUCGACUUGACAGUGCCUCAGCCUUCCAAGGAGCUGUCAUCUCUCCCCAUUAUGACUCCCUCUUGGUCAAGGUCAUUGCACAUGGGAAGGACCAGCAGGGGGCAGCUACCAAGAUGAGCAGAGCAUUGGCUGAAUUCCGAAUCCGAGGUGUUAAGACCAAUAUUCCCUUCCUGCAAAAUGUCUUGAAUAAUCACCAGUUCCUCCACGGGACAGUAGACACCCAGUUUAUUGAUGAAAACCCUGAUCUUUUCAAUCUUCGACCAGUACAGAACCGCGCUCAGAAACUACUCCAUUACUUGGGUCACGUGAUGGUAAACGGGCCAACCACACCCAUCCCUGUUAAAGCCAAACCAUCUUCCAUAGACCCUGUCAUUCCGAUGGUCCCCCUUGGUGGUCCUCCUUCUGGUUUUCGGGACAUCCUCCUUCGGGAAGGCCCUGAGGGUUUUGCACGGGCUGUACGCCAACACCGCGGUCUGUUACUUAUGGAUACCACUUUCCGUGAUGCCCACCAGUCUUUGCUUGCUACCCGAGUGCGUACGCAUGACCUUAAGAAUAUUGCUCCAUUUGUCUCUCACAACUUCAGCAACCUCUUCAGCGUGGAGAACUGGGGAGGUGCAACCUUUGAUGUUGCCAUGCGUUUCCUGUAUGAAUGCCCUUGGAGACGACUUCAGGAGUUAAGAGAACUUAUUCCUAAUGUUCCCUUCCAGAUGCUUCUCAGAGGGGCCAAUGCUGUAGGUUAUACAAACUACCCUGAUAAUGCAGUUUUCAAAUUUUGUGAAGUUGCAAAAGAAAAUGGGAUGGACAUCUUCAGGGUCUUUGAUUCUCUGAACUACUUGCCGAACAUGAUCCUGGGUAUGGAGGCGGCAGGCCAGGCUGGUGGUGUAGUAGAAGCUGCCAUUUCUUACACAGGCGAUGUUUCUGACCCUACUCGAACAAAAUAUACAUUGGAUUAUUAUGUUGCUCUAGCUGAGGAACUGGUAAAAGCUGGGACUCAUAUCUUGUGCAUCAAGGACAUGGCUGGACUUCUAAAGCCAAAAUCUUCAGACAUGCUGAUCCGUGCUUUGCGAGACAAAUUUCCUGAUAUUCCUAUCCACGUACACACUCACGACACUGCCGGAGCCGGAGUGGCCUCUAUGUUGGCGUGUGCAGAAGCUGGAGCAGACAUUGUUGAUGUGGCAGUGGAUUCUAUGUCUGGUAUGACCUCUCAACCUAGUAUGGGUGCUUUGGUAGCAUGUGCCAAGGGCACUGAUCAGGACACAGGUAUCCAGCUGGAAAAAGUGUUUGAUUACAGUGAGUACUGGGAAGUUGCCCGUGGCCUCUAUGCUCCUUUCGACUGCACAGCAACCAUGAAAUCUGGAAACGCAGAUGUAUAUGAGAAUGAGAUCCCUGGAGGACAGUAUACCAACCUCCAUUUCCAGGCACACAGCAUGGGACUGGGCAACAAAUUCAAGGAAGUGAAGAAGGCUUAUGCUGAAGCCAACAAACUUCUUGGCGAUGUCAUCAAGGUAACACCCUCUUCUAAAAUUGUUGGGGACUUGGCACAGUUCAUGGUACACAAUGGUCUGACACGUGAGCAAGUUGAGACCAUGGCAGAUGAACUCUCCUUCCCGCUUUCCGUGGUUGAGUAUCUGCAGGGCUAUGUUGGAAUUCCUUAUGGUGGCUUCCCAGAGCCAUUACGCUCCAAGGUUCUGAAGGACCUUCCGCGUAUUGAAGGGAGACCAGGGGCCACACUCCCUCCCAUGGACUUUGGAAAGCUGGAAGAAGGGCUGCGGAGCAAGUAUGAUGACAUUACUCCUGAAGACAUUAUGUCAGCAGCUAUGUACCCUAAAGUUUUUGAGGAAUACAAGGACUUCAGCACUCAGUUUGGUCCUGUAGAAUGUCUAAACACCCGUCUCUUCCUUGAGGGACCCAAAAUUGCAGAGGAGUUUGAGGUGGAAUUAGAAAGAGGUAAAACCUUGCAUAUUAAAGCUCUUGCUCUGGGAGAUCUUAAUAAGGCUGGUCAGAGGGAAGUUUUCUUUGAGCUCAAUGGUCAACUGCGAUCCGUCCUGGUUAAAGAUACACAGGCCAUGAAGGAAAUGCACUUCCAUCCCAAAGCCCUGAAAGAUGUUAAGGGUCAGAUUGGAGCCCCUAUGCCAGGAAAGGUCAUUGAUAUAAAAGUGAAAGAGGGGGCACAGAUAGAAAAGGGUCAGCCGCUCUGUGUGCUCAGUGCCAUGAAGAUGGAAACCUUGGUCAACUCGCCAGUGUCUGGAACAAUAAAGAAAAUUUAUGUGAAGCCAGACAUGCACCUGGAAGGAGAAGACCUUAUACUGGAAAUUGAAUAAUGGAAAAGAUUAAAACUAACCAGUUUUUUGUUGAGGACUGGGGUUGACAGUUAUUUGUAUGGAUAUAUCCUGUCCCCAUCACUUUGUGAAUGGGAAAGGGUUUACUCACCAUCAUGUGCUUGAAGACAUUGUGUGGUCUGGUGUCAACAUUGCUUGCUUGUAGAAAGCUUUACAUGUGCAUUUAGGGACCUGAGUGGAUAACUGGAUCAAUUAGUCUUUUGUUCCAAUGACAUUGUUCAAGGGAGGGACCAAACACUGACAUUCGAUAUAUGGUUUUGAAAGGAAAUAAAUGGGAUUUCUGUUACUUAAUAGGACAUAUCUCAAACUGGUGGUGGUUGACACAAUACAUAAACCAGGUUUCUUCUGAUUGGAAUAAUUAGCUCUGUUGUACAAAGUCUGUAUUCAUUGAUUCACACGCAGUGAUGGUUGUUCUUCAGAAUCACAAAACCAUCAAGACAGUUCACUUGCAAAGAAGUGGUAUUAAAAGCCCUCCAUUUUUGUGUACCUGCACAAGAGUGUGAAUAUGUAUUUUUGUGUACUACAGCUUUUCCUGUAUGCUGUAUUUUUCUUCACUUCUCAGCCCUUGAUUUUUUGUCUUUUUUUUUUUCUGGCUUGGCUACUGUCCCUCUCCUUUUAUCACAUGAAUACAUUCUACCAAUUCAUUUCAGCAUCAUGGACAAAGGCAGACAUCUGCUGCGUUCUGCAGUCAUACAAAUCAGCAAGCAUAAUACAGAACAACAGAAGGGUUUAGUCCUGCUUACAAGCAACACACCAUGAAAUAAAAGCACUUACCCAUUUAAUAAUGUUGCCAACAUUUUAAGCGAUUGGAUAAUUGUUCUCUUGAAAGGAUGGCGUGAUAACAAAUCAUGCCAAAAGUAUAGAAUAAACAUUAGCCCGUGAAGUUUGUUUUAUGGUGCAGAUACCAGGUUUACAGUCACGGUGCAAUUCUGAUUCUUUCUAGUCCUUUUUUUAUUCAAUAAAACAAAUUACAAGAUUUA